AAAUUGGAUGAAAAUGGUCUAAAUGGCGUCAUUGGGUAGUGUGACUAUGGAUGAUUUUUAAGAAAUAUUUUCUCUAAAUAUUCUAUGAGCAUGUAGUUGUACACUGAAAAAAGGGGGAGUCGUUUAUUGGCGGGGGGAGGGGCUAGACAGCAGGCAUAUUGCAUUCCACGUAGCAGAUUUAAUAACUGCUGUCUGUGAUGUUUGGCAAGCUUGGUGUAUAUCCAUCUACAAGGUUUGCGAACCCAUGUUGCCGAUUCUUUUCUGCUACAGAAUACCUCCCCUUGGUACACUCAAAAAGACCAGUGUUUACUUUUCAUUGAAAGUGGAAGAACCUGAAAACUGAAAAGAGGCAGCUGGAAAGGUGAAAGGGAAACCAAGAGAGUGUGUUAUCCUGCAAGCCAACUGAGAAUGGAGCCUGUUUGGUACACCAGUAGAUGAAAUCUUAAAUAAAGUAUUUAUCCUUAUUCUCUGUGGCAACUGAGAAUCUGCCCUGGGAAACAUCAGGCACCAUGGGGAAGCGGGAUAAUCGAGUGGCUUAUAUGAAUCCUAUAGCAAUGGCCAGAUGGAGAGGCCCAACUCAAUCUGCAGGCCCAACAAUCCAAGAUUAUCUGAAUCGACCAAGGCCCACCUGGGAAGAAGUAAAGAAACAAUUAGAAAACAAAAAAAAGGGCUCUAAGGCAUUAGCUGAAUUUGAAGAAAAAAUGAAUGAGAAUUGGAAGAAAGAACUCGAAAAAAGCAGAGAGAAAUUAUUAAGUGCAAAUGAGAGCUCAUCUAAAAAAAAAGAAAGAAAGAAAAAGAAAAAGAAAAAAUCCUGUCAGUCUUUUUCAUCAAGCUCUGAUUCUUCAAGCAGUUCUUCAGAUCCUGAGGAUGAGGGAAAGAAACAAAGAAAAAAGAGAAAGAAAAAGAAGAACCAUUCAUACAAAUCGUCACAAAGCUCUACAUAUGAAUCAGAAUCAGAGAGCAAGGAAUCUUUAAAAAAGAAAAAGAAGUCAAAGGAUGAAACAGAGAAAGAAAAGUAUGUUAGAAGCCUUAGCAGAAAAAGAAAGAAAACUUAUCCUGAGGAUAAGCCUUUAUCAUCUGAGUCCUCAUCAAAAUCAGAUUAUGAAGAGGAGGUACAAGCCAAAAAGAAGAGAAGGCAUGAAGAGCAAGAAAAAUCAAUGGAAAAAGUAAAGAAGAAGAAGAAGAAACAGCACAAGAAACAUAGUAAAAAGAAGAAAAAGAAGUCUGGUUCAAGUCACAAGUCAGAAUAACAUCAAGAAAAAA